AUUUUUUUUAUUUUCGUUGAAAACAUUGUUUCGGUUGCAGCAAUUGCGCUGUUGCUCUUCUUUACGUUAUGUCCUACAAUCCUUUACUGCCAUCGGAAGCCCCGUCGAAGAAUGUUUCCUUUGUGCCAUAUAACCAACCUCCUCCCGCCAACCCAUAUCGAAGACCACCUCCCAACGACAAUCAGUAUACCCCUCCUUCCUAUCAAAACCAUCCUUUGAACCGUUCGUCCCCGGAGCAUAAUAUACCCAUCAACCCUUCCCCCCCUCGUGGCCAAUCUAAAUUCAGUCGAAGCAAGUCCGUUCGUCAUGUAAAGCUGACUCAAGGUAACUUGGUCCUUGAUUGUCCAGUGCCUGACAAGUUGUUACGAAAUGUCAAGUACUCGACAGGAGAAGAAUUUACCCAAAUGCGAUAUACGGCUGUCACUUGUGACCCCAAUGACUUUGUAAAGGAUAGAUAUACGCUACGACCCUAUUUACUGAACAGACAAACCGAACUGUUUAUUGUCAUGACUAUGUACAAUGAGGAUGAUCAACUUUUUAUGAAGACUAUGAACGCUGUGGUCAAGAACAUUGCUCAUUUGUGCAGCCGAACAAAAAGCAAAAUGUGGGGUCCUGAAGGAUGGAAGAAAGUUGUCGUCUGUGUCGUAUCGGACGGAAGAUUGAAGGUCCAUCCACGUGUCCUGAAGGUCCUUGGAGCUAUGGGAGUUUAUCAGGAAGGAAUUGGUAAAACAGAAGUAGCAGGCAAAGGCGUCACAGCUCAUUUGUACGAAUAUACGUCGCAGGUGGUUGUUGACCGAGAGACAGGAAAGCUUGGCGGGUCGGACAAAGGAACUGUACCGAUUCAGAUUCUCUUUUGCUUGAAAGAAAAAAAUGCCAAGAAGCUCAACUCUCAUCGAUGGUUUUUUCGAGCCUUCGCGCCACUUUUGAAUCCCAACGUUUGCAUUCUGCUCGAUGUCGGAACCCGCCCAAGUGGAACCAGUCUAUAUCAUCUGUGGAAAGCGUUUGAUCGAUCUAAAUAUGUCGGAGGAGCUUGCGGCGAGAUCUGCGCUGAAGUCGGACCGAAUUCUCGAAACUUGUUAAAUCCACUUAUUGCCUCACAGAACUUCGAAUACAAGAUGUCCAACAUUCUAGACAAGCCGUUGGAAUCAGUGUUUGGCUAUAUCUCGGUCUUACCAGGUGCAUUUUCUGCAUAUCGUUACAGGGCCCUCAAGGACACAGCACCAGGCAUCGGUCCGCUAUCAUCUUACUUUAAGGGCGAGGCUCUUCAUGGAGGUGGCGCGGCUGAUGCAGGUAUUUUUGAAGCCAACAUGUACCUUGCUGAAGAUCGUAUUCUGUGCUUCGAACUCGUAGCCAAACGUGGUGAACAGUGGUUGCUAAAGUAUGUCAAGGCUGCUAAGGCAGAGACGGAUGUUCCGGAUAACUUGUCAGAGUUCAUUUCUCAACGUCGUCGAUGGCUGAAUGGAUCGUUCUUUGCAUCGUUCUACGCUACCUUUCACUUUUGGCGCAUAUGGACAUCUGGUCAAUCCAUUUUCCGCAAGUUCUUCCUUAUGUUUCUCUUUCUGUACAAUUUGGUCAACCUGUUUUUCAAUUGGUUUGCAUUGGCCAACUUUUAUUUAACGUUUUAUUUCUUGACAAAAGCAUCCGUCCCCGUCACGAUAGAGGAGAUGGUGAACGGUGUGUUGACUGAAGUGAAGCAAGCGUCAACUGUACCGGACCCAUUCUUUGGACAAGGAGAUAUCAUCUUCAGUGUUCUUCGAGAGGCAUACUUCAUGGUCAUCAUCAUCAUCGUUAUAUCGGCACUUGGUAACCGACCGCAAGGUUCCAAGUUUAUCUAUAUGACCUGCGUUUUCGUCUUUGCUUUCCUCAUGUUGGUCAUGCUAUACGUCGCUGUAUUCACUAUCUAUCAAACUGUACCAAAAACUCUGGCUGGUUGGAAAAACGUUGGCACGCUGUUGCACACUUCACCAGCUUUUCGAGACAUCAUCAUUUCACUCGGUUCUACCUACAUUUUAUACUUUUUCUCAUCCUUUUUGUACGGCGAACCGUUCCAUAUGUUCACUUCAUUCAUUCAAUAUCUCACACUUCUACCAUCCUACGUCAAUAUCCUCAUGGUCUACGCCUUUUGCAACACUCACGAUGUUAGUUGGGGAACAAAAGGUGACAACAAGGCGGAAUCACUCGGUACUGCUCAAGUAUCCGCGAAUAAAGAUGGUCAUCAGAUCGUAAAGGUGGAAGUACCCACGGAAAAAGAAGACAUCAACGACGGAUAUGACAAAUUCUUAAGGGCCUUGGCUGUGCCUGAAGUCAAAGUCAAGGAGCGAAGAGAUGCUAAAACAAAACAGGAAGAUUACUAUCGACUGUUUCGUACAAGGCUUGUUCUCUCUUGGAUGUUUUCCAAUGCUCUCUUGAUCGUCGCUAUAUCAUCCUCUGCCUUUACUCAGUAUAUGGAGACUCAUAAUCCCACCCCCGACCAAGCCUAUAACCCAUACCUCUCCUUCAUUUUCUGGUCUGUAGCUGGGCUGUCGGCUGUCCGCUUCUGUGGAAGUACAUUCUACCUCAUAUUCCGAUUAUUUGAUUAUAUAUAGAUCUUCAAAAAAUAAUUAAAAGAAAAUAGAGCACAUUCAAUUACAAA